AGCCUCGUUUCGUUGGCCCUAAUGUUUUUAUUUUGGUUCAGGCAGCGGCUAAAAGGAAAUGGUAAGCUAUAAAUUGCUCGUUAGCUGUCCGUGGAUGUAUCAUUUUAAUUUAUUUAUAUUGAAAUGCUGAAAAUUAAUGUUCGGCUGGUAGGUGAAAGCAGGACUGUCGAUAUCGAAAAGGGCUGGUCGGUAAGGCAGCUGAAGGAGCACCUCGCUGAAAUCUCUGGGCAUGACAUUGAAGAUUUAAAGAUAGUUUUUGCUGGAUCAGUACUGCCAGAAAAUUUAACGAUUGAUCAAUGUGAUCUGGGACAACAUUCAGUGAUCCAUGUACUGGCAACAACACAGCAUAAUGGAGUUCAGCCAAGUAUUUCAUCUGCAUCUGUUCCUGCUACUGUAGAAAGAGCUCAAAAUAUUCAAAGCAGGGGAAGCAGUCAAAGAUUUUUUGUAUAUUGCAAAUUGAUUUGUAAUAAAGCUCAUCCAGGUAAACUCAGGGUUAGAUGCAGAGAUUGCAAGGACGGGGCUUUUACAUUGUCAAGGGGUCCUGAGGGAUGGCAUGAUGUGACAAAAAGAAACAAGAUAAAAGGCAUUUGCAAUGAGUGUGACUGUGAUUUUGCUGAGUUCUUUUUUAAAUGCACUGGACAUGAUGCCCUUGGAGAUGCUAGAGAUGAGGCAAUACCUUUACCUCAAGUAGGCUCUAAUGCAUUUAAUUCUCCAUGUCUUGGAUGCAUGGAUAUUCUGGAUCCUGUUCUGACAUUUCCUUGCGCUGAAAAACAUUCCAUGUGUCUGCCAUGUUUCUCAAUGUUUUGCCGGUCAAAAAUAAGAGACCGAAUGUUGAUCCAUGUGGAGCACCCAAGGCAUAUUGGAUAUACUUUGUGCUGUCCUGGUGGUGGAGAAGAUUGUGAAAGUGCAUACGUCGAAGAUAUUCAUCACUUUAGAGUGGCUGGGAAUGAGCUGUACGAAAUUUAUCAACGAUUCGCAACGGAGGACCUCGUUAUUCAAAGUGGCGGGAUAUUGUGCCCUGGGCGUGGCUGUGGCAGUGGGCUGUUCCCUGAGCUUGGCUUGCGUAGAAUUGUCUGUGAAAAGCGAUCAGGAGGCUGCGGGCUUGUGUUCUGUCGAAAUUGCCUCCAAGAUUACCAUUAUGGUGAUUGCAAUCAGUUAACCACGGGAACUGACGCUAUCUCAACAGACUAUAGUGUUCUGGCUCAAAAUGCACGAAAAUCUCGACGCGAUAUGGAGAAAUGCUUGAAGGUAAUCCGUGAAACAACAAAACCGUGUCCAGGCUGCAAAUCUGCCACAGAAAAAGCUGGUGGCUGUAAUCACAUGACUUGCCAAAGGUGCCGAUUUCAGUGGUGCUGGAAUUGUGGGAUUGAAUGGAACUCAAAUUGUCAAGGAGAUCACUGGUUCAGAAUACUUGAGAACAACGUAACUGUUUUGAAAGUGCACAAUCUCAACAUACGUAUGGAUAUGUCAUCGGAGCCAUGUGCUUUUCCAGUAUUCAAUUGAUUAAACAAGUCAGUGAUUUUAUGCUCAAAGAUGUGCACAGUCUCUAACGGAUAUUUUAUUUUCCGUUGGUAAGUUGGCUGAGAGUCUACUAUCUGUUUGAACAAGCAAGAGCUGCUUGAUAAGUAAUCCCUACAUAGCUUUGCUUUUGCUUAAAAUUGGAACAAAGUAUGUCUUUAUCUAGUAAUUAGGGAAUACAAGGAGCUUUUUUCCUGUUUAGUAUCUUAAUAACAAUUUUCUAGCAAGCUUUUAUUAGAUUCUCAGGAUCACAAAGCUUUCUACCUAGAUUCUUGUAAUAUGUCUCUUUCGCUUGUGCUGUCUUUUUUGUCGCUACCCGACGGGCUUCUUUUUUUCCUACUAAAUCCUCUGAAUUUCUACCCCUUUUGAUGAAAUUGCGACAGAGGCGUCCUUUAGACGAAUGGCCAAUGGCUUAGUCGUAAAUUUUGAGCAAGUAUGACGCAAAAGUAUAAAAAAACCAGCGUUUCAUUCGUGUUUUUCAGAAAAUUAUCACAUUUUGUGCUUUUUACGACAUCUCCUGCAUGGAACAUUUUACUGUUAGCGUUAUACUUAUGCAUCUCAUCCUAGUGAUAUAUGCAAUGAUCUAUCACUUUUCUUAUUUGUUUCGUUUUCGGAUAUUAGUAUAUAUGAGUAUAUCUAAAUAUUUACUUCUAUUAUGACCUUUCAUUCUAUUUUGACCAUUGAACAAUGUCCUUCCUACGUUACUGCGUACAAUCACGAACAAAAGGAUCAUCGAACUACACAGGCCCAAUUUACAUAAGAAGAUGUCUGAAAUGCAUUUGCGAUAUGUUCAUGUGACUUAAAUGUUUAAUCACUUUCAUAUUUAUUCGAACCCGUGGUUGAUGAAAUAAUCAUUGGAAGCAUAACCAAUUUAUUGCUACCUUGUCUAAUCAAGUAAUCGACUAUUUGUACUUAUAUCUAGUAUGAUACUGAUUAAGAAUGCUGCUGUUUGCUUGGAUAGGUAGUAUAACGCUGCAGCUCAGACAUCUUAGGAAUCGUAGCACGUUAUGCCGCCUAACCCUCCACUGCGAAUGGCCCUUUUAACUUCCCCGUUGGUAAAUCCUGGCGUUUCCCUGGGGUUGCUAACAACUUCUGAAUUGGGAACAUAUUUUGUCAUAGCUCCAAGAAACAUUUUAGUAAAGUAGUCAGUAGCACUGUUCAUAUCACGCCCCAUCAACUCACGUUCCCAGUUUGUUUGAUUAAGUUCAUCCCUCAAAGAGUUUACAUCUGCUAUAUCAUAUUACUAUUUGCGACGCCUGAAAGGGAUUAUUAUUAUUAUCAUUAUCGAUUUAUUUAAAGUUGGUUUUAUAAUUCAAAUAGCUAAAAUAACAUGUAAUUAAGGCCAACUAGAGCUAAAAGAAAAUACAUUAUAAUUUACAAAGAAAAACAAUACCCAGAAAUGACAAAAUUAAUUAAUCUAAAAACCCUAAAUCUUUGAUAAAAACUUUACACAAUCUGCAGAUGCAUGAAUCGCAAUUCCACUGUUUUAUUUUUCUUUAAACUUUUGAAUUAUGCUACAGUCUUUCAAAAAACUUGGAAGUGAAGACCAUAAAAGGCAGCCUCUUUACUGAAUAUUUUCUGUACCAUAUAUUGUCGUCCUUACUUUCGCAGACUAUAAUAGCCAUCUCUUUCUGCAAAGAUAUCUUUCAUAAAAGUUGGGUUGAGAUCGUUCUUUGUUUUGAAAAUCUCUAUCAUAAGCAACUGCAGAUUGCGUUUGUGCGUGGUGACGGAACUAUUUAAAUUAUUUACAAAAUUAUCUCCACCAUCUUUGCAUAUAAUUUGCAAUGCUCUUUCACGAAUAUUUUUACCUUAGAAUUGAUCGUCCUGUCAUGGAACAUCCAAAUGCAUCCAUCAGCAAUUUUAAUUUGACAGGGUCCGUAUAAUUAGAGAGGCGGGCAAGUGGGUGCAAUUUUUGAUUUGCCUUUGCAUAAAUUUUCGACAUGUUUUGUGAAACUUAAUUUUUUAUCAAAAGUAAUUUGCAAGCUUUUUAUCAAAAGUAAAAAGGAUGGAGAUGGAAUUUGCAAGUUAACGAUCCGUAGACUACCUCGUGAUGACAUUUUUCAUGAAAUGAUGAGUGUACGCCUGAUUCCAAAAAGAGGUUGGGUUAAUUUGUGAAUAUUGAAUCAUUAAACUCUUCGCUCUUUGACAAUAAUGCAUUGGCUGGUCGAUUCAUUGCGUAAGCUUUAAGCCUUCGUUUAAGUCACUUCCAAAUGUAUAGUGCCUUCUACAUUUUUAUUGUCAUCUGGCCACCAUUCACAACAUUUACAGUUAAAAACACCAGUGGUUAUCACCAUUGGGCCUAAGGUCUUUCAAUUUUGUUACAAAGGAUCCAACCCUAUCUAAUGCCCUGUUAACACUACAGCUUUAAACCUGGGUUGAACUUUGGUUAACGUUAACCUGGUUAAGAAAUUGGGUAGUGUAAACCUAGGUUUUGUACUCUGUAGGUGGGUUAAACCUAGGUUGACCCCAGGCUAAGAUCUUCGAAGUGCAAGAGGUUGGUUGAACCUGAGUUAACGAUAACCUGGGUUAGAAAUUUUGUAGUGUAAACGCAGCUAACCUAGGCUGAACCUAGGUUAAGCCAAUCCUACUCUGGAGGUGGGUUAAACCUAGGUUGACGAUCUGAUACACGCAAAAAAAUCACUAGCUUCAAGCCUGCACAACUUCAAUAAUUAAGCACAAAGGAAAAACAGCUAUAAAUGGAAUAGCAAUUGAAACUUAAAAGUAAACUAAGGAAAUAGCAAAACGAUUGCAAGGGAGAGUGUCGAUAGGAAAUUGGGGUUGGUAAGAAGCAGUUGAAGCACCCUAUCCCUGCACGCCAUUCACAUAAACCUACGGGUAUCUAAAUACCGAUGGGUUGGUUCAGGGACG